GUGCCCGAGUCGGGGCGGCGAGAGGCAGUGUGUGGGAGUGGCGGGGCGGAGGGGAGUGAACCCGCAGCGAUGAUCCAGGCGAUUCUGGUUUUCAACAACCACGGGAAGCCGCGGCUGGUCCGCUUCUACCAGCGUUUCCCAGAAGAAAUCCAACAGCAGAUUGUCCGAGAGACUUUCCAUCUGGUGCUCAAGCGGGAUGACAACAUCUGUAACUUUUUGGAGGGUGGAAGUCUGAUUGGUGGUUCUGACUACAAACUGAUUUACCGGCACUAUGCGACCCUCUACUUUGUGUUUUGCGUGGAUUCGUCAGAGAGUGAGCUGGGGAUCUUGGACCUCAUCCAGGUUUUUGUAGAGACCCUGGAUAAGUGUUUUGAAAAUGUCUGUGAAUUGGAUUUGAUCUUCCACAUGGAUAAGGACCGUGUGGACCGUGCAGGGUGUGUCACGCAGCUGUCACCGCGGUCCUGCUCCUACAAGGCAGCUGGAACACUGAGAAGGGGCUUUGCCAGAAUGUACACAGGCUCUGUGUGCUCUCAUCGCCUGUGCCCUCAGCCACCCCUCUGCCACUGCUGGAAGGAGAGACGAGCUGCAGGGUGCCUGACGUGGGAGGACCCUGUGGUCUCACCGGUGCACUACAUCCUGCAGGAGGUGGUCAUGGGGGGCAUGGUGCUGGAGACAAACAUGAACGAGAUCGUCGCUCAGAUUGAAGCCCAGAACCGGCUGGAGAAAUCCGAGGGAGGCCUCUCAGCAGCGCCAGCACGGGCCGUGUCUGCCGUGAAGAACAUCAACCUGCCCGAGAUCCCGCGCAACAUCAACCUCGGCGACCUCAACAUCAAAGUCCCCAACCUGUCCCAGUUUGUCUGAGGGUGAAGGAGUGGGUGACCUGGAGUCCUUGAAACGGGCCAAGCCCAACAAGUCCAGAAACAGAACUCGUUCAAGCCUUAGGAGUGUCAGAUCACAGGCCCUCGAGCCUGCCUGGGUGGUGUACAGCACAAAAGGGAUUCCCACAGAGUCGGCUGCACUGCUCUACCCUCGGCUGCAGCGUGCCCAUCUAGGACAUGGGGCUUCUGUAGAUGGCAGGGGCCCUGCCCUCCAGGUGGGGUUAGGCACACACUACUUGCACCUUUACCGCCCCCAUACAGCUGCUCCAUAGCCUGGGGACUACAUUGAGCAGGUCAUCUGCUUCCCUAAACCUCACCGUGGGACCAAGCACGGUCCCUUCCUAGAGACUUCAGUCUUAGCACACAGGCUCACAGGGCAGGGGGUGAGGUGCCACAGAGAAGGAGAAGGGCUGGCCCGUCCCAUCUGGGGGUAUAUGAGUGGCAGGUAAGGGCCGCCCCCUUGCUAGCUUGGCAUAUGUAUUGCACCUGAGCCUUUCUGCAGUGCUGGGCUCUUUGGUUGACACGUCCUACAGGACAUUUGGCCCCACUUCACUGUCCUGCUUCUGUUGUCACAGGUAUUGAGGUGCAGGACACAGUGCAGACUGGAAGCCUGGAGUAUGCCCACCACCCCUGUGUGGGUGGGGAGAGCACCCCUCUAGAUGCGCCAAGAGGUCCCUGGUGACGAGCAGAGACCCCGAGUCUGCAGAAGGCCCAGCGACAACCUGUGGAACAUCCCAAACUGUGGCUCUUUGCAAGUUUAAAAUAUACUCUCCUCGCGAGAGCA